AUGAGAAGCAGAGUCACCACGUCCACAGCCCGCACCUCCACUUCUACGCUACUUGCCGUGGCGUACCGCCCUGCCGCACACACUGCCACCGCUCUGCCACUUUCGGGGCCACGAUUUGUGCGUGCACUCGCGACCACCACAACCGUCGACGGCGGGAAGCAGCGAAAGAAGCUCGUGGUGUUGGGCAACGGCUGGGCCGGCUAUCGCCUCAUCCUCGACGUCGAUAUCAGCAAGUAUGAGCUCAGUGUCAUCAGCCCCAGGAACUACUUUCUGUUCACCCCUCUGCUUACCUCCACCACUGUGUCGGACGUGCCCAAACGCGCCCGGGUGGAACGAUCGCCUGGCGUCGGACAGCGAAGCCAAUGUCAAGGCCGAUCGCUCGGAGCUGGAGGACGUGCACGAGAUGCAGGAGUUUACCAUCAAGACCAUCGAGCAGCGGGAGGAGAUCGAGCAGGAGGUGGAGAAGGAGAUCGAAAUGUCUGGCCUGGCCAACGAUGCGGUGAAGGCCUUCGCCCAGGAGUCCAAGGAGUUCCCGGCCGGUCCGUGAGCGAGCGGCGACGUAGCGACUGGACCAUCCCGAGGGGAUGUCUCACCACUCUGAAGCCGCUUCAAAAAAAACACAUUCAUCACAUUCAGGUUCGCACACACACACGCACCCCCCCCCAAUAA